AUGGUCGACAACGCAAGAACUCAUACUACUAAAGCAUAUUCAUUACAAGACUUUGCUAAAGGUAUUGGUAAACAGUGUCCGAUCGAUCAAAUAGAAUAUGUCGAUAAAAAUGGUGUAACAAAAGUUAUUGAUUGUUAUUUUAAACAGGAGGAAAACAAAAGUAAAUCAAAAGGUUUAGUUAAACUAUGUAAAGAAUUAGGUGUACAACUACCGGCUAAGGUUAAAUUGGAUGAAAUUCAUAAAAUACUUUCAAAACAUCGAGCCUUUCAAAAUGUUACAAAACUUGACAUGCUAGUGAGCAAAUAUAAUGUCAAGAUUAUAUACUGCCCUAAAUAUCAUUGUGAAUUAAACGCAAUUGAAAGCCUUUGGUGCAAUCAAAAGGCAUUUGUUCACAAUUCCGCUAUUUCAUGCAUUUAAUGUUGAAGAAACAACAAACGGAUACUAUCACCAACACUCAGAUCAACGGGUUUUUGCAACUGCUGAUUCUCUCCAUAGUAUUCAGGACGCUGAGUUACCUAUAGUACGU